CUUCUUGUCACUCUCGUCGCCAUGGCUCUCAAGCGCAUUAACAAGGAACUCACUGAUCUCGGCCGGGAUCCCCCUCCUCCUGCUCCGCUGGCCCCGUCGGAGAUGAUCUGGUAUGCACUACGAAACACCUUGAAUGCCCUCACUCUCGCUUUCCCCUCCCCCUUUCUCCCCCGUCGUGCCCGCCCCCUCUUGGCGGCAGCCUUAUCGUGCGGCGGGGCUGAAAGUGUCCCCAGUGCAGAUCGUUCCACUGGCAAGCAACCAUUAUGGGGUGACUCGCCAUACUCGGGAGGCGUCUUCUUCCUCACCAUCCACUUCCCUACCGACUACCCCUUCAAGCCCCCGAAGGUCAACUUCACCACCCGCAUCUAUCACCCCAACAUCAACUCUAACGGCAGCAUCUGUCUGGACAUCCUGAGGGAUCAAUGGAGCCCUGCUCUGACCAUUUCGAAGGUGUUGCUCUCGAUCUGCUCCAUGCUCACAGACCCCAACCCCGACGACCCGCUGGUGCCCGAGAUCGCGCAUGUCUACAAGACAGACCGCCCCCGGUACGAGGCGACGGCUCGCGAAUGGACUCGCAAGUACGCUAUUUAAGAUCGGCAAAUUUCUCAACAAAUCUGCCCAUCCC